AUGGCUUCUCCAGGGAAGAAUGAGUUGGAGAGAGGAGGGAUGUCGAUAUUGAGAAGGAAGGACAAGAUUUCGACAGCCAUAAUUUUCAGAUACGCUGAUUGGGUUGAUAUUAUGUUGAUGUUGUUUGGUACCAUUGGUGCUAUUGGGGAUGGCAUCUCUACAAACUGCUUGUUGGUCUUUGCUAGCCGUCUCAUGAAUAAUUUGGGUUAUGGUAAUAAGACCCAACAAAAUCAUGGGAAUUUCAUGGACGAGGUUGAAAAGUGCAGUUUGUACUUCGUAUACUUGGGAUUAGCAGUAAUGGUGGCGGCUUUUAUGGAAGGUUACUGCUGGAGCAAAACCAGUGAGCGACAGGUGCUGAAAAUUCGUUACAAGUAUUUGGAAGCUGUUCUCCGACAAGAAGUUGGGUUUUUUGAUUCACAAGAAGCAACUACUGCAGAGAUCAUCAAUAGCAUAUCAAAAGAUACUUCUCUCAUACAAGAAGUUCUGAGUGAAAAGGCGCCCAAGUUUUUGAUGCACUCAUCAGUUUUCUUAUCAGGGCUUGCAUUCUCCACUUACUUUUCUUGGAGGCUGUCUUUAGUAGCCUUCCCAACACUAGUUUUUCUAAUUAUACCUGGAAUAAUUUAUGGCAAAUAUCUUCUCUAUCUGUCCAAGAAGUCCUACGAGGAGUACAGCAAAUCAAACACCAUCAUUGAGCAGGCUCUGAGCUCCAUUAAAACAGUUCUUUCAUUCACUGCAGAGAGGAUAAUUGUUGAGAAAUAUUCAUCAAUAUUGGAUAGAACAAGCAGCCUGGGAAUUAAGCAAGGCAUUGCCAAAGGAUUGGCUGUUGGAAGUACAGGGCUCUCUUUUGCAAUAUGGGCUCUUCUCGCUUGGUACGGAAGUCAUUUGAUUAUGUACAAAGGUGAAAGUGGAGGAAGGAUCUAUGCGGCUGGAAUCUCCUUCAUAUUAAGUGGACUAUCCCUUGGCAUGGCGCUUCCAGAUGUGAAGUACUUCACCGAAGCCUCAGUUGCUGCUACACGAAUCAUUGAUAGGAUCAGCCGGGUACCCUUAAUUGAUGGUGAAAAUACUAAAGGACUUGUAUUGGACAAAAUUAGGGGAGAAAUAGAAUUCGAGUGUGUCAAAUUCACAUACCCUUCUCGUCCAGAUUCUAUUGUUCUCAAAGAUUUCAAUCUUAAAGUUGGAGCAGGGACAACUGUUGCUCUUGUUGGUGCUAGUGGAAGUGGAAAAUCCACAGCAAUUGCAUUGGUGCAACGAUUUUAUGAUGCAGAUGAAGGAAUAGUGCGAAUUGAUGGUGUGGAUAUAAAGUCACUACAGUUGAAAUGGAUAAGAGGGAAAAUGGGACUUGUUAGUCAAGAGCAUGCACUAUUUGGGACAUCAAUAGUGAACAAUAUAAGGUUUGGUAAGCUUGAUGCCACCAUGGAUGAAGUCAUGGCUGCAGCCACGGCUGCCAAUGCUCAUAACUUCAUUAGGCAACUUCCCGAAGGAUAUGAAACAAAGGUUGGUGAAAGAGGGGGAUUAUUAUCAGGCGGACAAAAGCAGCGAAUUGCUAUAGCCAGAGCCAUCAUCAAGAACCCUGUGAUUCUCCUACUUGAUGAAGCAACAAGUGCCCUUGACUCCGAAUCAGAAGUAUUGGUCCAAACUGCCCUUGAUCAAGCCUCCAUGGGAAGAACCACCCUGGUGGUUGCCCAUAAGCUCUCUACAGUUCGAAAUGCAGACCUCAUAGCAGUAGUUGGUGGCGGUUGCAUAAUCGAAAUAGGUUCACAUAACGACCUCAUCAACCGAAAAAAUGGUCACUAUGCCAAACUAGCAAAACUACAGAGACAAUUCAGCUGCGACGACCAAGACCAAAGCUCUGAAGUGCGCGUUUCUUCAGUCGCAAGAAGCAGUGCUAGCCGGCUUAGCACCGCAAGAUCAAGCCCUAUAGUUUUCUCAAAAUCACCCUUGACCGUCGAUAACCCAUCUCUUGUAAUAUCUCGCCCGACGCCUUACUUUUUCCGGCUUCUCUGUUUGAACGCUCCAGAAUGGAAGCAAGGCUUGAUCGGAAGUUUAUCCGCUGUAGCUUUCGGGGCAGUCCAACCCGUUUAUGCCUUAACCAUAGGAGGCAUGAUAGCGGCUUUCUUUGCAGAAAGCCACGAAGAAAUGCGCGCCAGAAUCCGCACAUAUUCCCUCAUUUUCUCUUUACUUACAUUCAUUUCCAUCACAAUGAACCUCUUGCAGCACUACAAUUUUGCUUAUAUGGGAGAGCGGCUGACGAAGAGAAUACGACUGAGAAUGCUCGAGAAGAUAUUGACUUUUGAAACGGCUUGGUUCGAUGAAGAGCAAAACUCCAGCGGCGCCUUAUGUUCAAGAUUGAGCAACGAGGCUUCCAUGGUGAAAUCCCUUGUCGCAGACAGAGUUUCUUUGAUCGUCCAAACCACAUCGGCGGUGACCAUUGCAAUGAUCAUGGGGCUUGUUGUGGCAUGGAAGCUAGCGCUUGUCAUGAUCGCGGUUCAACCUCUCACAAUUCUAUGCUUUUAUACGCGAAAGGUUUUGCUCUCCAGCAGCUCAACAAAUUUUGUAAAGGCGCAAAAUCAAAGUACCCAGAUUGCCGUGGAGGCAGUGUAUAAUCACAGAAUUGUGACUUCAUUCGGAAGCGUGGGAAAGGUUCUUCAAUUGUUUGAUGAAGCACAGGAAGCGCCGAGGAAGGAGGCGAGGAAGAAGUCAUGGCUAGCCGGGAUUGGGAUGGGGUCGGCUCAGUGCCUAACAUUUAUGUCAUGGGCUUUGGAUUUUUGGUACGGAGGUACGCUAGUGGAAAAGAGAGAGAUAGCCGCCGGCGAUGUGUUCAAGACGUUUUUCAUAUUGGUGAGCACCGGGAAGGUUAUUGCCGACGCUGGGAGCAUGACCUCUGAUAUAGCCAAGGGCGCCGCUGCGGUUGCAUCCGUGUUCAAGAUUCUUGACCGCCAGUCCCUAAUUCCAGGGUCUUAUAAUGAUGGGGGAGACAUUAAUCGUGGAAUUAAAUUGGAGAAAAUAAGUGGAAGGAUAGAGAUGAAGAAGGUUGAUUUUGCAUACCCAAGCCGUCCGGAGACCUUGGUGUUGAACCAAUUUAGCUUGGAGGUGAAAGCGGGCACGAGUGUUGGAGUUGUUGGAAAAAGUGGAGGGGGGAAAUCAACGGUAAUCGGAUUGAUUCAAAGGUUUUACGAUGUUGAGAGGGGGUCCGUGAGAGUAGAUGGGGUGGACAUAAGAGAACUAGAUAUUCAAUGGUACAGGAGGCAUACCGCGCUUGUCAGCCAAGAGCCUGUCAUAUAUGCCGGCACCAUCCGUGACAACAUUUUGUUCGGGAAGCUCGACGCGUCGGAGAAUGAGGUGGUUGAGGCUGCUAGAGCUGCCAACGCUCAUGGUUUUAUCUCAUCACUGAACGAUGGGUAUGCAACAGAAUGCGGCGAAAGAGGAGUGCAAUUGUCAGGAGGGCAGAAGCAAAGAAUAGCAAUAGCAAGAGCCAUAAUAAGGAACCCAACGGUACUACUACUAGACGAGGCAACAAGUGCUCUUGACGUGCAAUCGGAGCAAGUUGUUCAAGAAGCAUUGGACAGAAUCAUGGUCGGAAGAACAACAAUUGUGGUAGCACAUAGACUUAACACGAUAAAACAGCUUGAUUCGAUCGCCGUCGUGGCGGACGGGAAGGUGGUGGAGCAAGGAACCUAUGCUCAGCUCAAGAGCAAGCGGGGUGCCUUCUUUAGUCUUGCUAGCCUUCAAACAUGCCAACCACUUGGAAAACCUAUAUGAUGGUGGGGUGUGCAUUGAAGUAAUGUAAUAUGUUAGGGCUUAAAAAAUAUGGAAAAACUUGU